AGCAGAUGCCUUCUCGGUACCGUUUUCAUGAACGCUGUUGGUAUCCCAAAAUAAUCCGGGCGGAGUGAGAGCUCUUCGGCUGGACAGACGGGAGUGACAAACUGAGGGAAAAUGUCUCCGUUUUCAAAGUCGUUGACGUUGUCAGGCAGGAGAAUAGUUGCAGCUUGCGCACGGAAUCACUCCUCUCUUACAACUGAACUGAUUGAAAACAUGGAUAAGAAAGCAACCUGGGACCGCUUCUACACUGAGAGCAGCAGCAGGACAUCCACCUUCAAAAACUUUGAGUGGUUCUUCAGCUUUGAUGCUGUCCGAGACUUCAUCAUGCCCCUUUUGCAGACCAAGUCCCACGCAGAUGCUCUGCUCCAAGUCCUGGAUAUGGGUUGUGGCACGUCUGCUCUAGGGCCCUGUGUUUACAAACACUCUCCCCUCCCGGUCCAGGUCACUUGCGCUGACAUUUCCCCCGUAGCUGUGCGACUAAUGCAGGAACACAUCCAAGCCAAAGCCAUUCAACCUCACAAUCUUUCUUCUCUGCUUGAGUUUGUAGAGCUGGACUGCACACAGCUUCACAAGCACUAUGGUUCUAUCAGCGUGGACCUUAUAGUGGAUAAGGGCACCACAGACGCCUUGUUGAGGUCUAAGGAAGGGGAAAGGAAGGCCGGUCUGGUGCUGAAGCAGUGCUUGAAGGUGUUGCGGAGCUCAGGAUCUCUGCUCCAGUUCUCCGAUGAGGACCCUGAUGCCAGGCUGCUGUGGCUGGAGACUGAGGCACAGGAGCAUGGCGUGAUGGCGGCAGAUGUUGGGGUGCAGGAGGUUGGGGAGAUAAGGGGAGUGUCUUACUACUGCUACCAAGUGAUUCCUCGUCCUCUUGUAUAGCAGCACAUUGUACAUCUGGACGGUCAUAAGAUUAAAUGAGUAAAUUAUUGAA